UUUAGAUUAAUGUUUCUCAACUAUUACUGAUAUGUCAGUAUGAAAUAUAUAUAAAAGCCCUUAUUUGACUGAAGGUUUAUACUAUUAAUCGUAUAUAACAGGUAUAACUCAGUUAAAUAAGAAAAUGAGUAUUUUAUUAGCAGUUAUUUGUUUGCUGGUAACAGCUGCACACGGUAAACUUCAUGGUGCUUCUUGUCCAGAUCUGAAAGGAGUGGCAAACUUCAAUGCUACAAAAUUUGUUGGUCUCUGGUAUGAGCAACAAAGAUAUCCAACCAUCCUAGAAAAGAACGGUAAAUGUGUUUUCACAAAAUAUUCAUUAAAUGACGACAAAUCAAUUGGAAUUAACACCACAUACCUUAAUGGAGAGUCAAAUGAAUGGACAAUCCUCGAAGGAGUUGCAAUCUCAGACUCAGCAACGGGAGAAGCCAAGUUUACAGUCGAAUUCAAAGAACCUGCUUUGACAGCACCUUUUUGGAUUCUUGAUAUAGAUUAUGACCAAUUCUUUGUACCUUACUCAUGUCUUGUACAGGAUGGGGAAGUUAUAGUAGCAGUUAUUUGUUUGCUGGUAACAGCUGCACACGGUAAACUUCAUGGUGCUUCUUGUCCAGAUAUGAAAGGAGUGGCAAACUUCGAUGCUACAAAAAUUGUUGGUCUCUGGUACGAACAAAAAAGGUAUCCAACCAUCCUAGAAAUAAACGGUAAAUGUGCUUUCAUACAAUUAUCAUUAAAUGAAGACACAUCAAUUGGGCUUAACACCACAUACCUUAAUGGAGAGACAAAUGAAUGGACAAUCGUCGAAGCAGUUGCAGUCCCAGACUCGACAACGGGAGAAGCCAAGUUUACAUUAACAUUCAAAGAACCUGCUUUGACUGCACCUUUUUGGAUUCUUGGUAUAGAUUACAACCAAUUCUUUGUACCUUACUCAUGUCUUGUAGUGGAUGGGGAAGUUAUAGAGAACCUUUAUAUAUAUACAAAAAGUUUAAAUCCCUCGAAUCAUGUGAUAAAUGCUGCCCUCAAAGUUAUCAACCACAACAAUCUUGAUACCACUAAAUUAUUAGAUACCGAUCAAACAUGUGUUUACUAAUGAGAAUAAAUUUAAAGUUUAUUUUUA